AUGCAGCAUAACCGCCAGGAAGCCCCGCAGCCAGUUGCGACCCAGAUCGCGCUCCAGAUGUGGGUGAGCGUCGUUUCUUGCGCACGCGUCAACUACUCCCCUGACUCCGACGCUCGUCUUCGUGUUGGCAGAGCUUCACACUCUUCUAGCCACUGGUCAGGUAUGCACCCUCUCAUCGCCUACGGCGAUUCCGCUUCGCCGACCCGAACCCUUGUCCGACACGCCGACUUGCAAGUUGGCACAAAACCAACAGCCAUCUCCACGGCCGUGACGCCAUUGACGACCAGUACUCGGUACUACCUGCGCAAGUUUAGCAUGCCUGAUUUGACGAAGAUCAACAGCACAGCCAAACACUCAGCAACAUACUCGGCAAACCCUCCGAUAGCAAUGCCUUCUCGAAUCUCAAUAGAGUAUCUUUUGACGCCCACUGCGGCCACGCCAACACUUGAUCGCGAGACGGAGGCUAUGCAAGAAGAUAUCGUCGGACCGCAUACCCCGCCCGCUGCUGCUAUGUCACCAUCAAUAGAUUUCCAGCGCCAGCAAGCAGACAUAGAAUCGUACUCUGACACCAGAGGCCAUGCCACGUCGGCGUGCUCGUUAUUAUCGCCUGCAAGGCUGACGUCCUCUGGGGAACCGACCCUCGACGACAUUAUCUCAGUAUUUACACAGCAGUCUCUAGGCCUCACCUCCUUGAGUAUGGCCCUCCAGGAACAGAUGUUCAGCGGUUACUACAACGCGGGCUCCGCUGGCCUUUUGGCCCAGAUUUGCCCCAUCUGUUUGCAUAUUACGUUCAUGAAGUGA